CCCUCCUGCUGGUCGGGAUUUUGUAUAGCGCAUGACGUCUUGUUGAGCGAAUAUCUGCUGAAGGGCAAUGGGUUGCUGAAACCUCCCUCGCAGGUUUCGAUGCUGGAGGAAUGUAUCGUAUUGUAGUGUAACAGUGCUCCGCGCAGUGGACAGUCAAUUGCAAUGCAAAAAAAAAAUGCCUCCACUGUACUCGCGCUUCAGAGCCAGGUUCUUCAACAACAGAGUUAAUCGCAAAGAAAACACGCGCUAACAAGACUGGGACAGAACAGAACAGAAGAUGCCGUUUUGCAAGCGAACAAUUGUACCUAAAGAUGUGUGCAAAAGUGCUUCGAAGAGUCGGGGGGCGAUUUUCACGGACUUGGUGGAUGUGUGCGGCUUUACCCUGUGCUCCAUUCUCAGACAGCUUUCGGAUUUAUCUAGACAAUCGGUCAGCAUCUUGGAAGAGCUCGAGGGCGAACUUGCCUCCAUUUGUUAUCGAUCCGGAACGUUGGAGAACAAAGUUAUUAAUUUGCAAAGACACAUCUCAGUACUUGCGAGCAAGCCGCCACUAAAGACCACCACCAACUUGGACUCGGAGAGCAAGCGAACGGCCCACUUCCAAUCGUCAUGGCAACAGCAUGUGAAUGUGUUCGGCUCGUGGAGUAGGCCGGAGUGCGUGCAGGAGCUGCACCAGGAGGCUCAGCUCAACCUCCAGAGCCUGCUACAAGAUUUUGAGGAGCAGCUGUAUGAUAGCCGGGUAACUGGCCAGACCUUUCGGCACACCUCCUCUCAGAGCUCAGAGGACACUUCCACCACGCUUAGCCCAUCACCUUCCUCACUCAACAACAAGAAGCCUGAGUUUGUCUUCCUGCCAGCAAAUAAGCAGGUGUGUGAAGAUGACGCAACUUCAGUAGGCAUUCGGGCUCAGGAUACAGCACUUUGUGGCUCAGAGCGCCCCCUCCUGGGCUGGAACUCCUCCCUGGGACCUCCUGUUGCUGAGAAACCUCGCUGGCACCUGGGUCGACACACCCCAGCCCAUCUUGUACCAAUCAAUGUCACAGGCCAGAGCUUUGAUAAGCACGCCAGCGAACUCCAGGCCCCCUUUAGAACUGACACGGCGGUCAACCCAAAGACCGUCCGCCGCCCGAGGAGUGUGAUCGCAGGCCCCGAUGUCACGCUGCACUGCCAAGGUGACAGCAAGAUUCUUGCUGUUGAUUUGAUACAAGGUGCCUGUUCUCCUGACUCCUCCCAGCCCAGAUCUUUGGAGCCUACCACACAGAACACAGGCGAGCAGCGCAUACCCUUACGGAAGACCCAGAGUAACUUGGAGCACAGUGUCCCCCCCUCUCCAAAGACCCCCACAGGCAUGAUGGAUCAUGCCACUCUUAUGUGCCCUAGCCCUUCCUGGAAUGGCCCAAAGGGCUCUACCUUCUCUCCUUCCUGGAAUGAAUCCUACAACUAUGCUUUGGCCCCAAGUCCUGUUGCCAAGCCACCUUUGUCCAAACCUGGGAUGUUAGCACCAGCUGCUGGAGGAGGUGGUCUUACAUGUCCAUCCCAGACCAGCUCCGGUCUGUCCAUGAGCUCUGGGUCACACUCCAGCUCGUUCACUUCCAUCUCAGAACCUUCUGGACACAGGCCAUUUGCAGCCACACAUGGCAAUGCUUUUACAGGAAAGAGGAAUGAGACUGAAGGUGCAGUGGGCAGUCCAAGUGCAAGCAAUAGCUUCAACAAGAGUGAGCGAGAGAAGAGGUCAGCACGUGCCAAUGCUUUCAAAUUCCGUGAGCGCUCUCUUUCAACGCCAACAGAUUCUGGAUCACUCUGCUCGACAGACAACAUGUGUGGUCCUGGUGAGACAGUGCCUAUGGUUCGUGAAGGUGAGAGCUAUGCCCUACUCUACCCGAGCAACAGCUCUGAGGACAGCACUAGCACUGACAAUGUCUCUGGCACUACAGGCUCAGACUUCUUUCCAGAAGGUCGUCUGAGGUCUCGGUCACGUAGCAUCUCACUGAAGAAGCCCAAAAAGAAGCCACCACCACCAGUACGCAGUGUCUCCCUGAUGAAGAACUUGUCUGAGGCUGGCAGGAUGACCUGCCAUCAUGGUGAAGGGCACCUAAGAGACGGCAGGCCCAAGAGCCUCUUCAUUCCUCGAGAACACAAUCUCCAAGAUUCAUUUUGCUCUGAUUUCCUCAUGGCUUCCAAACCAGAGGAGGAGACCCACAGCAGCCUCGAGACAGCCUCUGAUACCUCUCAGCCCCCUGAUAGGGAACCAGACUUAGCCUUCCCUCCUCAUUGGCAGCUCAAUGAGUGGAAGUCCAACAAUGAUCCUUACCGCUCAUUGUCAGGUUCCAGCACUGCCACAGGUACUACAGUGAUAGAGUGCAUUAAGGUGCAUGGAAGCUCAGAGUCACUGAAUUCACCAUCAACCUCUCGAGCCACUUCUCCUUCCCAGCUCUCUGUUGAAGCUGAAACUAAGGUCUCUCCAUUCAAGCCUCCAUGUCUCAUGUCCCCAUCCAGUGGCUACUCCAGUCAAUCUGAAACACCCACCCCAACUAUUGCAAACUCAGUUAUUACUGGACCCACUGUAGCAGGGUGCAAGAUGCGCCCAAAAAUUCCAGAGAGAAAGUCAUCACUUCCAGCCACCUCCCCAAAGGACAAAUCUCGAUCUCGCCUGUCUUUUGAGCUACCUGUGAAUUUACAAAUAGACCUGUCAUCUGUCAAACCCAAGACUAAAGCAGGCAGGAGGCACUCUGACACAUCUACAACCAGCAAACCAGGAAAACUCAGUCCCAGUCAGUCAUCGCAGCCUAUGGUUACAACAACAGACCUGCGGAACAUCAGACUCCGCUCAGUGAGCCGGUCAGAACUCGAGGAUAAUGCUGAUGGCUCCUCGGACAUCAUAGAGGAGGAACAAGGGCGUGACCUCAGUCCUCCUAUCACCCCCUCGAGCUCUAAACCACCCAAGCCACCAGUUGCAGUAAAGCCACCACUGCCUAAGAGACCCAUGAACCUGAUGCUAAAGUCUCCCUCAUCUUCACCUCAUGCCCAGGAGUCUCCACCACCCUCUCCCGUAGAUCGACCCAUGCCAAUAGGGAACAUCUACAUGGUGGUAAGAAAGCCCAAACCUAAGAAGCCACCUCAGUCACCAGUCAGUCCAUGUGCAGUCAUCGCUCAAGAGCAACUGCCCAGCUAUCCACCCCCUUUACCUGAAUUUGACCUAGAACAUGGGAUCCCAAUUGAGGAAGAGUUUAUCUUUCCCAGCAGCCCAGAGAAAGAGGACAAAAGCAAGACUUUUGCUAGUCAAGUUACCAUCUCCUGUCUUGCUGAAUUGGACAAAAAGAAGCCCAAGGUUCCCCCACCAGUGCCAAAAAAACCAAACAUCCUUCUCUUACCUUCACCUACUGGCCAAGCCAAUGGCACUUCAGAGAAGCAGACUCUUGUACUUGACAGUGGUUCUCAGUCACCCAUAGGGCCACCUCCAUCUGAAGUAGAAGAAUCUUCCUGUAAAGAAGAGGGCCAAGAAAUGCCUAAUGACCAGCAGAUCCAAGAGAGUGAUGAGAGUAAUGUACCUCUUCUUGAUCUAGGAGACCUGGACACUCUUGGAAGUCUGGAAAAUCAUGAUGUGAUAGAGGACAUUAAGGAUACACUUCAAGAUGUUGAUUUAAAUGCCCUCACUACAGAAGCAGUAACAGAAACAUCACUAGAAGAGCAUGCCUCUGUCAGUGACAGGACAGAACUACAUAUCACUGAAGAGACAGAUGAUGAUGUGUUUGUUCACACAUCUACGACCCAUACAACUGAAGACCUUUUCACGAUCAUACACAGGUCAAAGCGGAAAGUCUUAGGCCGCAAGGAGCCAGUGGACUCGUUUGGCAGUCGCCAGAGCCUUGUGUCACCUGUGAAAAGCGGCAGCAGUGACAUCCGCACACUGACCCUUGGAAGCAUGCCGAGAUCAAGCUCCCGGAAUGAGAACUUCAUGGCACUUCUCCAGAAAAAAAGCAGCAAAUCAAGUAGUGGCACCCGGGUCUCAGCCAUGGAGCUGCUAAAGAGCACGAACCCUCUGGCUCGCCGCAUCACCGAGUUUUCUCAGUUGGAUCCAGAUGCAACUGGCACUGACCCGUCUAAAGUGGCUCAGUCAGAGCAGUGAUCAGUCCUGUGGAAAGCUAUAUGUAAGAUCCUGUUGUGGCUGGUUUUCUGUUAAUGCUCUACUGCACGUCUAAAUGGUUUAAUUUCCCAGGAUCUCUGUCUGAAGUGAGGUGUUUUUGAGUUAUUACUUUGGAACACCCCGGUGUCAACCUUUUCUGCUGUUGAUGUAUUUUUGCUGUGGAGCAUUGUCCAAAUCAGAAGGAUGGAACCCAGCGAUAAUGGGAGGUUCUAAAAUAUUUGAGUUGGCCUUUUAUUCUGCCGCUGAGAAUGUGUUACUUGAACUCUCUUGUGGAAAUAUACAAAUGAUAAUAUUUUGAUACUCUACAAAAAUUAAGGAGCGCCAGCCUGUGUAUGUGGCCAAAAUCUGUAAUGCCCAAUUUUAAGACACAGGACUGAGGUAGGUUUAAAAAGAUAAAAUAUUUUGUGAUUAGGAAGUAGUUUGUGGUAAAUGUGCUCACUGAGCAAGUAUCAGUGUCCUCUUCAGAAACAAACAUUCCACAAAGGUUGCAACCAAGGUCUGGUACCCCUUCAAACAAAGCACUUUUUAUUGCAAGAAAUAGUUUACAGCUUAAAAAUCUAUAUUUCAUUAGCCUUUGAUUUUCCCCAAAAACAUAUAAGAGACAAUAGAAAGAUUUAUUUAACCUGUACAAAGCUACAUAUAGAAUAUAUACUAAAGUAUAUAUUGAAGAUUAGUUGAUAAAAUAGGCAAGACACAAAACUGUCCAUGUUUGUGAUUUCACUUUAAAACUGCCUAUUGUGAGAGUGU